AUGUCUACUUCAGUCAAUAUAAGAUUUUUAUCAAUAGAUAAAUCAAACAAACAUCAUCCUUCUAUACAAAUUGAUCCUAUUACAAGCUCUGGAGGAUGUAAGUCUGUUAAUAAAACCUAUCGUAUGGCAUUCUUUGCUGGCCUGGGCGAAAACAAGGGUCAGAUAGAAGAAAACAUUGAUCUUGUUUUCGAUAAGGUUCACACAAAUGUUGGAGAUGCCUAUGAUAAACAAACUGGAAGAGUCACUAUUCCUUUCUCUGGAUUGUAUCAUUUUACAGUCGUGAUUGCUGCCCAGGGGGGACAAAAGGCUGCUGCAAUGUUGAUGAACAACGGAACGAUGGUGGACACAAUAUGGGCAGAGAGUAUACCGUUGUGGGCGACGUCGUCAAACACCGCCAUAUUGAAUCUAACAUCCGGGGACCAGGUCUGGCUCGUACUUCUAAAGAUUGCGCCAUAUAUCCAUGGUUACAUGUAUUCGUCUUUUUUCUGGGUAUUCAUUAUUUGA